AUGUCGGUUGAUACGACAGGAGUUUCCUCCUCUGGUCCUAUUCCUAGGGAGGACAUGAUAGCCGAAAUAUCUUCUACGUUCGAAAAUUCUCGUAAUGAGUCCUGGUGGCAGAAGACUGCUCCUCUCCUCGCCACUGUGCUUGACUCGGCAGAGUACAGUCUGGAGCUCCAGGAAAAAUAUCUUCGCUUCCAUGCUUUGAGUCUGAUUCCACGCAUGGGCCCUCUCCCUCAGAAAUUCCGCAGCGCUGUGACUCGCAGCGGACUGCCUCUUGAAUUCAGCGUCAACUAUCAGCAGCAUGGUGGCGUUCCUCCCACUGUGAGAAUUGGUUUUGAGCCCAUCGGGGACAUGUCUGGCACCCCUGAGGACCCUUACAACCAGGUAGCUCUUUAUGAUCUACUGAAGCAUGUCGCAAAUCUAGGCCUCAAUGGAUACGACGAGACUUUGUCCAAUUACGUCGUCAACGCGCAUACAGUCAGCGAGUCCGAGCGUGUUCGACUUGAUGGCAAGAAAGUUGACGGCAGCGACUUGAGUUUAUCUCAGACUGCGUUUGGUUUCGACCUCAAGGGCGGCACCAUUGUCGUCAAGGGGUACUCAUUCCCAGCACUCAAAUGCAAGGCUACUGGUAAAGCAUUCCAUGAAUUGUUUGAGGAGACUGUCUUGUCUCUAUCCAAAUUGACAGGCAGUCUGCCCGCUUUUGAAACCGUAAACUCUUAUCUAAAGGAGACCAAUGGCUACAGCCAGUGGGCCUUUUUUUCUUGGGACUGCAUGGUUGCACCUAAAUCUCGAAUAAAGAUUUACAGUUCCACUGACGAAGUUGUCUGGUCUAAAGUUGAGAGCAUUUGGACACUUGGAGGACGUGUCGGUGGAACUCAUGUCUCAAAGGGCCUUGAGUAUUUGAAGCGGAUGUGGACACUUUUGAACAUCAACGAGGGUAACAGAAAAUUCACAGGGGGAUUUGAUGACGGCACCGAUGUAACGCCGACCCCUAUUAUCUGGAACUAUGAGAUGAGGCCCGGAAGUCCCGUACCCCAGACCAAGUUUUAUUUCCCCAUUCACGGCGACAACGAUCUCGUCAUCAUUCGGGCACUUGCUCAAUUUUUUGAGGAGAUUGGCCAGGUCGAGCAAGGCCGUGGCUAUGAGGAAACUGUGCAACGCUACUUCCCCAAUCGCGACCUCAGCAAGACAAGCCGCUUGACUUCUUGGAUAUCUUUUGCCUAUACUGAGAAGACCGGCGUGUAUCUUAGCAUUUACUACCACUCAUCCCUUGAUUACCCAUGGGCAGAGCUGGAAGAGAAGGGGCAACUACUGCGUUGA